CAAAUGUGAGUUUGACCCAAAUAAUUAAAACAACCUUUGAUAUUUUUAGUUGGCAGGGUUAGAAUUUGUUGCACUGGGUAUAAACUAAACAAACUGCUAUGGACGUUGAAGAUGCACCUCUUAUUUAUGGAUUGGAGUUGCCUGCGCGAUGCAUGUGUUCGCAGUCAGCUGAGUGUAAUGUAACUCGUUUUAUUGUUGGUACACAAUCGUUAAAACAGGAGAACCAAAUUCAUCUUGUAGAGUUCGAUGAUGAGAAUAAUCAACUGGAAAAAACUGUGUUUGCUCAUAGCAGUGGGGAGAUAUGGCAUAUCUCAUCUAGUUUUAAUAAUCCGCUUCUUUUUUCUACUUGCUAUAGCAAUUACAAAGAUGGUGAACUGGUUACUGGUUGCAAAAUAUAUAGGAUGGUUUCAGAUGCAAAGCAAGAAACUUCAGAACAUGAUGAAUUUGAUUCUGGGGCAGAAAGUUUUGAGUCUAUUGAUGAAGUUUGUACAGUUACAUCGUCUGAAAUCAAUCACAUCUCUUCAUUGCAGUGGAAACCUGUGGAGGAUGAUCAUCAAGUGAUCAUUCUUGGUGACGGAAAGCUUCAUCUUUUUGAUCUUGAAGAGGAAAAACCGAACUCAUUAUUCUCAUUCAUGCUCCCUGAGAAAAAAGGUCAUCCUCUAGUUGCCACUUGUGGGAAGUGGAAUCCACAUCAUGGAGCAAAACAGUUCGCAGUUGCUGCUGGGCAAAAUAUAACUUCAUUUGACAUGAGGUCUAAAACACCUGCCUUUCAACUUGACAACUGCCAUGGUCAAAUGAUAAGAGACCUUGAUUUUAAUCCCAACAAGCAGUACCACUUAGCAACAUGUGGGGAUGAUUGUCUUGUAAAGUUCUGGGACACAAGAGAGCCAAGUGCUCCCAUCUCUGUUUUAGAAGACGAUCAUUCCCACUGGGUGUGGGGGGUACGUUUUAACCCGUUUCAUGACCAGCUUGUGCUCAGCUGCGGCAGCGACAGUCGUGUCGUUCUGCAUAACAAAGCUUCGAUAUCCUCCGAGCCAUUUGGCCACCUAGUGGAAGAUGAAGAGGAUGAAGAAACGGAAAAAAGAAAAGAUGGAUUGAUUGCUGUUUAUGAAGAGCAUGAGGAUAGUGUAUAUGCUGUUGAAUGGAGUGCUGCAGAUCCGUGGUCAUUUGCUUCAUUAAGUUAUGAUGGAAGAAUUGUUAUUAAUAAAGUUCCAAAGAAUGUAAAGUUUGAAAUUCUCCUCUAAUAUGCUGACACCGUCAACCUUUUUUUAAAUUUAUUUGUUGAGGUUUUUAUUAAUAAAUAUCUUUCAUUCCAAAACGAGAAACUGUGCAAUCAAAAAUAUUGUAAUUUACUCUUGAUAGUAAACAUCAUAGACUAUGUUCGUAACCGUAAUGUUUGUUACUAUAUUAUAUAUAUAAAUGUGUUUUAAAUGUAG